AUGCGUCCUGCUUUGGCACCGACCCUCGAAACUGAGGCGUCCCGUUCGGGCGUCUCCUCGGAUCAGGACGACUCUCGUUCAUCGUCUACCGACUCGCCCCUCCCUGCCGAUAACGAAGAGUCGGACUUCUUCCUCGGCGCCAACGACUCCCAGUCGUCCAUCGGCGUCAACAACUUCCAGGACAUGCACGUCGAGGACCGCUGCUGGCCCCCGGUCAACCGUCUGCCCAACGAGAUUCUCAUCAGCAUCUUCGCCAAGCUCGGCACCCCCGCUGACCUCUUCAGCUGCAUGCUCGUCUCCAAGCGCUGGACCCGAAACGCCGUCGAUUUGCUUUGGCACCGUCCUGCCUGCACCAACUGGAAGAGCCACCACACCAUCUGCCAGACCCUCGAGGCCCCCAAGCCCUUCUUCAACUACCGUGAUUUCAUCAAGCGCCUCAACCUCGCCGCCCUGGCUGAUAGGAUAAGCGAUGGUAGCGUCACAUCACUCUACGUCUGCACCAGGAUCGAGCGUCUCACUCUCACCAACUGCCGGGGCCUCACCGAUGCCGGCAUCAUCGGCCUCGUCGAGAACAACACCAACCUGCUUGCCCUCGACGUCUCCAAUGACAAGAAUAUUACCGACCAGUCCAUUUAUACCAUUGCCGAGCACUGCAAGCGCCUCCAGGGCCUGAACAUUUCCGGAUGCGAUAGCGUCUCCAAUGACAGCAUGGAAGUGCUAGCCAAGAGCUGCAAAUACAUCAAACGACUUAAACUCAACGACUGCACCCAAAUCCGAGACUCUGCCGUCCUCGCCUUCGCCGACAACUGCCCCAACAUUCUCGAGAUUGAUUUGAACCAGUGUGGUCAUGUCGGCAAUGGCGCCGUCACCGCCCUCAUGGCCAAGGGAACAUGCCUGCGAGAAUUGCGGUUAGCAUUCUGCUCUCUGGUUGAUGACCAUGCUUUCACGUCUCUCCCUGCUUCCCAAAUGUUUGAUCAUCUGCGCAUUCUCGACUUGACUUGCUGUACGCGCCUCACCGACAGCGGUGUUAAAAAGAUCAUCGACGCCGCUCCCCGCCUCCGGAAUCUUGUCCUUGCCAAGUGCCGCCUCAUUACUAACAGCUCCCUCGUCGAUAUUGCCAGGCUGGGCAAGAAUCUUCAUUAUCUUCACCUCGGUCACUGCGCCAACAUCACAGACGAAGGCGUCAAGACUCUCGUCACCCACUGCAACCGCAUACGCUACAUUGAUCUUGGUUGUUGCACCAAUCUGACUGAUGAGUCGGUGAAGCGCCUCGCCGUUCUACCUAAAUUGAAGCGAAUUGGCCUGGUCAAGUGCAAUUCCAUAACAGACGAAUCCAUCUACACCCUCGCUGAGAUAGCCACUCGUCCUCGCGUCAGGCGCGAUGCCAAUGGCCUGUUCAUUGGCGGCGAGUACUAUACGUCAAAUCUUGAGCGUAUUCAUUUGAGCUACUGUGUCAACCUGACUCUGAAGAGCAUACUCAAGCUUCUCCAUGCUUGCCCACGCUUGUCGCAUCUCAGCCUGACGGGCGUGCCCGCCUUCCAAGGGGACGAAUUCGCUCCUUUUUGCAGAGAGGCGCCCCCUGAAUUCACCAACCACCAACGCAACGUAUUUUGUGUCUUCUCCGGCCAGCAAGUCUCGAACUUCCGCUCGUUUCUAUUGAGCGCAGAUCAGUUCAAAGACUUGCGCGAAAGCCUAGAGCCUCGGCACCACUCCCGUGGUCGCCAAGUUUCGAAUCAAGCUCACCCAGCCACUGCCAGCGCCUUGCCGACGGCUUUCGAGGAGACAUACGAUGACGAGAUGGGCGACGAUAAUGACGAUUUUGAGGGCAUAUAUCCCACCAAUAUGCUGCCCAAUGCCCAGCCCAACAAUGGCUUUGUGGGCAAUGGCUUUCAAGGCCACGGUAACCUGCCCUCAAUGGCCCACAGCCUACCCACUCUGCCGGGCAUUGACGCCCUGCCCUGGGAUUUGCCCAACUCGUUGGCCGUGGAUGGAACAGGAUUCCACCCUGGCGGCUUUGCCGCUCAGCACAACACACAAAGACUUCAAUCCCAACAAGGCAGCUUUGCUGCUCAAAACAGCACACAAGGACAUCAAUUCCAGCAAUCGCCGCUACCGACCUUGGCAUCACUGAUAGGCAAUCAAGGGGCAUAUGCAAACUCCUCCAUGAGCGCGUUUGGCGUUCCCCAAGCCAGUGUGGCUGGCCCUGCGACCGCCGGCCCUAGGCAGGCUAGCACGGCUAGCGCGGCGACUGCUACUGAGGCCAGCACGGCCCAAAUGCAUCAACAAGCCGAUGCCGAUGAGCAACCAAGCAUGACUGGCUAG